AUGGCAGGGAACGGCCAAGUUCGUUUUCAAAUCCUGAUUAUUGGCGGAGGCCUCGGAGGUCUGGGAGCAGCUAUCUGCCUUGCGCGGAAGGGCCAUAACGUUACCGUGAUCGAGGCCGCUGCAGACCUCAAUGAAGUCGGAGCGGGAAUUCAAGUUCCGCCGAACAGCACCCGGAUCUUGGAUUCAUACGGAUUGACGGAUGAAUUUUUAAAGAAAAUCGUAUGGCCGAAGCACCUUAGCUUUCGAAGAUACUGCACCGGGGAAAUCGUCGGAUCAACACCAUUCCGACAUGUUUUGGAAAAGACCUAUGGCUUCCCAUACUGGCUAAUUCACCGUGCGGAUUACCAACGGAUCCUUUUCGAUGCGGCCAAAGAGGCCGGUGCCAAAAUCUUGCUCGGCACACCGGUCGACUCCAUCGACGAACGGGCGCCUGCGGCUAUCCUCACCGAUGGCCGGAGGUUGGUGGCAGACCUGAUCAUCGGGGCGGACGGUAUUCGGUCCAAGACGAGACGCGCAGUGAUCCGUGAGAAAGAGAUCGAGGCGAAUGACACGCCAAAUUGCGCUUAUCGCGUGACGGUCCCUGCAGAGGCCAUGAAUGCUGACGAUGAAAUCAGGCAUCUCAUGGAAGAGGACGCCAACUGCUGGAUUGGCGAUAGCCGCCACAUCAUGGCAUACCCAAUCCGACAAGGCGCUAUGUAUAAUUUGGUCCUUUCGUGCCCGGGAAAAGCAAUGGUUGGAAAAUGGAACGAGCCUGGGAAUCCAGAUGAAAUGCGAGGGUACUAUGCCAAUUUCGACCCGACCAUCCGCAAAGUGUUGAAGAAUGUCAAGUCUUGCCUGAAAUGGAAGCUCGCAGACCUCCCACCUCUCCCCAACUGGGUCAGUCCCAGCGGUAGAGUUGUAUUGAUUGGUGAUGCUGCCCACGCUAUGGUCCCGUACCUGGCGCAGGGGGCUGCAACCGCCAUUGAAGAUGGUGCUGCCCUUGGCGAAUGUCUCGAUAGAGCCAAGUCCGCUCGGGACAUCCCCAGGCUUCUUUAUGCCUUCGAGGCAAUCAGAAAACCGCGAUGCGAAAGAAUCCAGGCCGGCGCACGAGAAAACGGCCAUAUUUGGCACUUUGCAGACGGUCCAGAGCAAAUUGCCCGAGACCGAGCUAUGAAAGCAGUGGCCCACGAGGGCAACGAGGACUCAGCAACAUACAACCCAAAUAGAUGGUCCGACCCAGAAUUUCAACCCUGGUUGCUUGGGCACGAUGUCUUUACACAUACAAAUGGUAUGUUGGACGUCAUAUUGAAGCCCCGACCUCAACUCUAG